GACCCUCCACAACAACAAUAUGGCGACUAUUGCGCUAGGUCAGACGUGGUAAAUAUGAUAUUGUCGGUUCAAGGAAUAUGGCCGCCAUGCAGAGCAGCAUUGUGUAGUAUCAGAUUAAUGGCGAAAGUCAGCGCUUGGUAGAAAUGAAUUCUAAAAUAUGGAGAAAUCUAUUUCUAGCCAGCUUGGCGAUAUCGUUUUCUCUCAACACGUUUCUGUUGUUUUCAAAAACUAUGUCGCUAAGCGGGGACAAAUUGUCCUCGUGUGAGAUACAGAAAAAUACACUGUUGAAAACAAUUGGUAUACUACAAGAAAAUUGUAACAACCAUGAAAAGAAGCUUGAUCAAAAGAGCAUCCAGGACACAUCUACAAAAGUUACAAAGACUUUAAGGAGAUCUAGUAUUUUGAUUAACAAAGAUGAAGUAAGAUUAUUAGGAAAUUCAAGAAGCAUUAAAGGAUUCAUAACGAUAGCAAUACCUACAGUGAAAAGAGAGCAAGGGGACUAUCUUACAGCAACAUUAGACUCUAUCAUUGAAAACACAUCUAAAGAAGAAAGGAAGAAAACAACAAUUGUUGUAUUUUUAGCCGAUGUCAAUGAAGAUAACAAAAAACAGAUAGUUGACAAAAUAAGAGAGAAAUAUUCUGAAUACCUUUGGAAUGGAUUUCUGGAAGUGAUCCAAGCACCCAAAGAUUUUUAUCCACCGCUUGAGAAUUUGAAACAGAAAUACGGUGAUUCUGAAGCUCGGAUUGCGUGGCGAUCCAAACAAGUUGUGGAUUAUGCAUUUCUUUUCAGUUACUGCAAAGAUAUGUCUGAUUUCUAUCUCCAGCUAGAGGAUGAUGUAAUCUCCACUCCAAAAUUUCUUGCUUCCAUUCAAGCAUUUAUAAGUGUUAAUUCAAAAAGUACCUGGGUGACUCUUGAGUUCUCGGAGCUUGGUUUCAUAGGAAAACUGUACCAUUCAGAGGACCUUUCACAGCUUUCUGAGUUUGUAUUGUCAUUUUACGAUGAACAACCCAUCGAUUUUUUAUUACGAUAUUAUUUAGCUUUAAAAGGCCAGUCAAAACCGCUUGUUCAUUUGCCAACUUUAUUUCAACAUAUUGGCCAACAGUCUUCGCUUAAGGAAAAACAGCAAGAAUUGAAAGAUCGUUUUUUUGAAACUGGUCUGAACAGAUUAAAUGGUGAUAAUCCACCUGCCAAAAUUCACAGCACAUUACGUACAUUCAGUAUGUAUCUACCACAGCUUGCUUACAGCUCACAGCCUGGAUACUUUUGGGGUGUCGCACCAAAAGUCGGUGAUUAUAUUUUUGUAAUAUUUGAUGAUGCUGUGAGAAUAUCGAAAGUUGUUUUUGAAACGGGCCUUGACAACCACAAAGAGGACUUCCUGAGGAAUGGGAGAUUAGAAGCCAGUCCUAAAGUGGUUGGAGAGACUGAAGGAAAAUUACCAAUAUGUUCUGAUUAUGUGUACCUUGGAAGUUUUGAGAAAGGACAAAUUGAAGUAUUAGAUGUUGACAAGAAAACCAAAUUUGCUGUGAAGUGUUUGCGAGUCAGUGUAACCGAGGAUCAAACAGCUUGGAUGAUUCUUCGUGAAAUUGCUGUCUGGACAGUAAAAUAA